AACUGGCAUAGAGCAUUUGGCCAGCAACAGCGGCAGCGAGUAUUCAGUAUUCGUCGUCUGUUCGUUUAGUUUGGAUGUUGUGUGAAAUAACUUCGCUUCUCGUCGCUCGGUUUUUUACUAAUUUCUUUCAAUUUCAAUUCUAACACUGAAAUGUAAUUUGUUUGAAAUUCUUCUUCGUCGCUUAUAAUUUAAAGAAUAUAUUCAUCAAGUGCGUGCGCGUUGUUCUCUUGCUCAAAAAACUAUCGAAACUUUCGGUGUUUCUGUUGUGAAAGAAAAUUAUGAUUAGAAAUACAGUUUGAAACGGUGCAAUUGUGCAGCAACAAAUGUGUGUGAGCAAUAGUUAAACCCCAGAGUGUGUGUGUGUUGUUGCAGAGUCAAAUAUUGACAGCUGUCACCUGUCGCGAAAUCGUGCAGUCGGCAUUGGUGCAGCUGCCUUCUACUUCGAGUAGUGGAUUCAAGUAUUUUCGCAAUUGUUGCAUAUUUUGCCGGCAAACGCUCAUCAUUACAAGCGACCAACCGACCGACCGGUCAGACCCCUUGCAGACGUGCAUACAUACAAACAAUAAAUAAUAAACGUCAGCUGUCCGCUGCACUUUGUCCGUCGUAGUGAGUGCCGUGUGUUACCCUUCCCCUUUUUCUGUGCUACAUUGUAAGUGUGUUGUUGUAUGCUUUUUAUUGUGUCUCGGCAAUUCGUUGUGCUUCAUUUUGCGUUGCAGUUGUUGAAUUUAUUAUUACACAGCAAAAAAACGUGAACUCGAAAGGGAAUUAAAAAGUGAAAUAAAAAAGUAAAGAAAGUAAAAUCGAAAAAAACUACUUACAACGCGCAUAAAUUCAUUACAAUUCAUCAAAAUCAAGUGAACAGCUACAACGAAAAAAGGUUAAUUAUCACAUACAUAUAUUGGCACUGUGGGAUUUGUGUAUUAUUGUUGUUGCUGGGUAGUGGAGCCACAAGCCAAAGGCCUCAAGUAACGAGCUUGCCAUUGUGCCGGGUUAUCAGGUCGCAAAUGAAGUGUGUGUGUGUAUAAUGGCAAUUAUUCAUUAUUAGUGGGCAAAUGCUGCUUAUUAAGUGCUGAAUUGUUGCAGAAAUUUGCCUUAAAUUGUAAAAGUGUUGAAUUGUGAACGAUAAGCAGGCAAUAAUAAUAUUGUACUUACUGUAUGCAAAAAUACAUAAAAGUUUGUGGAAUAAGCAGUAAAUGCAAAAAUUCUUCUGGAGAAUUAAAAUUAUAAUUUUUAUAACUAAACAAGUGCAUUUUAAGCAUUUUUCAAGUGAAAUUUCUGCCGAGCCAGUAAGCAAGAAAAUUGUUUAUAACCAUACUUCAGCUGUCGACGUCGUUGUUUUUGAGAGUCACUCCCAACGACACAGCGCGGAGGCGCGCGGUUUGUACCACAGCAGCAAGACACGACGCACCUUGCCUCUUGGAAGGUCUACAAAGGCACAAACAAGUGUUUCGCAGCGCGCUGAAAGCAAAGAAAGCUAAAGAAAUACGAGUCGCAGCCACAAAGUGCCGCGAAUGGGGAGCGCUGUGUAAGCAAAUAAAGACGCAGUCAAAAUAUAUACCAGAAGAUUCUUUCACCAAACAACUGCAAAAAAAAAAAUUAUAAUAAUAAGCAAAUAAAUCGCAUGCAGUACGGGUAAAUGAAAGCGCAGCGCACGCUUAAUUCACAGCUGGUUAUUGCUGAAUUUGAUACUGUGUCGAUUGCCAGCGCGUGAGUGUGCGUGCACUUGGUGUACUCGCGAAAAUCGCCCUGCGUCGAGUUAAUCACGCGCAAACACAUCAAAUUGCAGUCAAGUAAUUUGUACUUGAAAAUCGCGCAAGUGAAAUCCGUGAAAUUGAAUUCGUGCCUAUCAGCCAGAAGAUGUUGGGCCGGCGACGAGCGCAUAGCGACCCCGAGUGUUGAGUUGGGAAAAUAGUUAAACUUACCGCGCGGCACAGCAGCAGCAACGCGCCUGCGGUUGUUCUGAAAGAAAAACAAAUUUCUUCAUGUUAUGCUUUGUGAUUAUGACUGGCCGCUGCCACAACAAACACAACAAUAACCACAACAACAACAAAUAUAUUAGCGCGCUUAUUACAACGAAGUAGAACAGACUACUAGCCGGCCAUUAGACGCGGCGGCGGAAAUUUAGUAGCAAACUCAAUUUUUUUGUGUUGGUAAGUUGGUGUUUUUCGUGCUCACUAAUCGAUCGAAAGCUAAAGCAAAAUAAAAAACAAAAAUCACAAAAAAGUAAAAAAAGUAAAAAAAGAAAAGAAAUCAUAAUAAAAAGCAUAGAAAUUGUGAGAAUUGAAUUGGUAGCAGCGCAUAAUUGGCUAAAACGGCCGACUCGACCGGAAAAUCAAGCAGCCACUGAGGCGUACAACAGCCCUAGUAGCAGUCGAAGCAGCAGCACUGUGAGUAGCGCUAGCUCCAGCACGAUGUUGGCCGGCAUAAGGAAGCGUUUGGCGCGCAAAACGCUAGAUAUAAAAGAAGAGGAUGAUGAUAAAGACGACAUACAGGCAUUUUCGCCCCCAACGAAUUAUAUAACGAUAUCUCAAGGAAAAAUUCAGCUAGUACACCAACAACGCUCGCAGGAAAGUGAUAUUUCCGAUGCGCAAAAUCGAAAAGAUCGGGAGGUACUGGAAAAUCGGAUUGUCGAACUAGAAGAAGCGCUUUCCCACUUGCAGGAAAGAUUUAAUAAUAGUCAUUGUGUGUCGCCGACGUUCGAGAAAGAGCUGCGGGAGCAAUUGGAUAACAUGAAUCGUGUGAUAAAAUCGAAAGAACGAAAGCAAAAACAAACAUGUCCAGGACACAAAACAUUGCAGACCCGCAUCACCCACCAAGAGACCCUCCUACGUUCCAUGCAACAAGAGAAUUACACACUCAAACGAAGCAUACGUCAUUACGAACGCUGUCUGGACGAUGUCAUGCGCAAAGUGGUGGAUGCCAUUGUGGCAGAGGAUAUUCUACGCGAAGAAGUCACCAUGCUUAAGAAUCGGGUACGUGAUUUGGAAGCGCAAAAUGCGGCGCUCUCAGCAAGUCCAGCAAAAGGACGUGACGAAGGCUAUUGUACAAUGAGCAGUGGACAACCGCAGCCAUCAAAUGGCCACCUGGAAGAUUUACCAGAAGAGCCAGAGCAGUGGUUACUGCCAGCCGAACCGUGUUCGACUGAAAUGGAAGACUGGAGCAUGUCGCAAGAGGAAUUGCCCGUAGUGACGCUGGACGAUGGACAACAAAUUUUGCGCAGCGGACGAUUGUUGACCAAUUUGAGGCGGCAAAAUGGUGAAAACGAGUGGAUGUGGAAUUCGAAUGAUUUCCUCACAUCGACUACGGCGGAGACGGAUUCUGAGUCUGAGGCGAUAUCCCAAUUGCUGCAACAAAAGAUUGUUUACUCUGAAGAUGAAGACAUUGCGCGCACCGAGUUCACCAAUGAGUUCUACAAACUCGUCGACAUACGUUCAGCCUCGGCGCGCAGCCUGUUCUCCUACAUAGAAGGCGAAACGGACGAUGAGGAUGACGACGACGAGGAAGAAGACGAAACGUCUAGUUUGUCGAAGCGACGUGUGCGGCUGCGCAGCAAAACCGCCUUAAAUGGCAACCGACUGAAAGCGGCCAGCCCGACGCCAAGCGAAGCGGGACGCGCACAAGUGACCAGCUGCUCGUCCAGCGAAUCGGACGAACAAUCGCGUUGUACGACAACGCAACACGAACUGAACGGCAGCACCAUCGAAGGCGGCAUCGAAGAGGAAAUGGACACACAACUGUGUGGCAACGAAAGCAGUGAUAUCGAAAUCGAAGACUUGCAACUGGAAAACGAAGCAUUGCAACAGCUCAACGAACAAGAAUGCAUCGAGGCGAUCAUACGCACGGAACUGCGUCGACCCAACACCACUGGACCCACGCUACCCAUGGUCAAAUCCAAAUCAAUGUUGCACAAAACCGAAAACGAACUGAAUGGAUUGCUACGCCAAGCGGCAAACACGAACGGCAACGACAGCAAGCCGCCGCGCGUGGUGCGCAGCGAAAGCGUUAACGGCGCCGUCGUUGGCGGUAGCGGCAACGGUAGUGGUGGCGGCAUGAAUCGCGGCGGUUCCGCGAGCGCACACAAGUUGCAAGAACGCCUGCAACAGCGACCGGCCAACUCGUGGCGCAAAAGCAGUGGCUGGAAGCGCGUACCAACCACACCGACUGGUUCGCCCACAGCGCCGUUGUCACCGAAAAAGGAAGUGAAAACGGAGAUUGUGCGCAACUGUGUGAAUGGCUUGCCGAAAAUACCGCCGACGCGUAUACCAACCAGCGUACAACAACAAUCGCCGCCAUCGCCAAAGCAAAACCAAAAUGUCGCAUUGCAAUUUGGCGAAACGCAAACGCGACAACAACAACAACAACAGCCAAUACGAAAAUCCAAAAUUCCGCCACCAGUUCCCGUGCGUCGCUCGGGAGCGAGCUAGCUAAGUACGGUAGAGGGUGUAAAAUAAAAAUAAAUAAUAUUCAAAAACAACAACAAAUAAUAAAAAAAAAUAUUAAAUAAUAAAAAUACAAAUAAAAUUAUACCCGUUAUAGUAGUAUAACAUGCCGUUACGGUUGUUGCGAAAUCCACAAGUUAAUUAAUUUAAGCAAAAUUUAUAUAAAAAAGACUUAUAUGUGAUAUUUGAGCGAAGAAAAAGUACGCAAAAGUAGUUAUAAAAAAACAAAAACAAAUAACAAUAACAAUAAAAACAAAUUGUUGUAUAAACAAGUAGAAGUAACAAUGAAAUAACACCAAACGUGAAACUAACUGCCUACUCUACAAAAACAAAAACAAAAAAUAAGAAAAAUAAUACUAAAACUAACAACAAGAAAAUAAUUAAUUAAUUACAACUACAAUUUUGGCAUACAAAAUUAAUUAAAAAAUUUAAAA